GGAAACUGGAGGUGGAAAAGUAGCACCUUGGGAAGCGAUGAAGUCGUCGCAACCAAUUGUGGGAGAGCAAGCCUAGCGAGCAAGCUGUCUAUGACCGAGGCCUGGGAAUGGCCCUGGAACCACGUUAAGUGUGUAUAUGCUCGCAGGAAUACACCUCCAUCACCACCACAACCACCACCACGGCAGACAACGACGUUCUUGUGCUGAUUUCGAUUGUUCCCAGGCGCUGUGGUGCGGUGCAGUCGUGGGCGUGGCAUCUUCCAUACCAACAAACAGCUUCUACGAUAGCAAAAUAACAACUCGACUGGCUGGUCUGGCACCUCGCUGUCUUCACACAACUCCCUCGUCCUCCUCCUCCUCCUACCCAGCCCCCACCUCCCACCUCACUUCUCUCUCCUCGCAUCCUCGCACCGGGUCGGGUGGGGUUGGGACCCCUGCUCUUGCGCCAUCCUUUUGUCGUCAUCGUCGAAAGCCUGUUUUUGGAGCCUUCUUUCAUCGCUCCCCGUUCUGCGUUUAAUUCGGAGGUGUAAUCUAGUCACAGGAGCAUCGUUACUUUGAUAGAUUCCCCACCUCCUCCUCUCUUUAUUCUAUCUUUCUCCUCUCUCUUCCCGGUUAGUUUGCUGGGCGGGGUAGCUUGAGAAUGAGGCAUAGUGUACUAUGUGAAGGGGCUGGCUUGCACACGGCGGAGGCAUGGACGAAGAAGGCGGAGGAGACGAAUCGUUAUUCGGCAGAGGCCGUGGUCCGGUUCUGUGGCUUGUUUCUCUAGGGGUGGACGAAGAAGUAGGAGUAGCAGCGGUCUGCAGCGGUAGGUCGGACGGCGCUUGCAGGUGGCUGAAUAAUAAAGUACACGUAUAUGAUGACGAUGCAAUUUGUGACUAUUGCAGCAGUGAGAGCGCAUAAGAAGGCUGCAAACGGAAGCCCAACGAUGGGUUUGUGAGUGAAGGAAUCGCUCGAGUUUGUUGCAACGCUGCUUUCGUAUGGAGGAAGAUUGUUAGCCCGGCGCACAGAUAGGAGAGAGCAUGACGUGCGAAAAGAGCACGCUUUUGGUAGCUCAGGUGCGGUGUUGUCAACUGUCAACAGUGCCGGCCUUGGCGCGUUUUCCCUAGCCCCUCCCCAUCUGGGACGCCAGACGCCUCCUGUAUCCCCGCUGAGCUUGUCCUUGCUACAGUGAAGAAACAACAGAUAGAAGAGGAAAUGACAUUGUCCAACUUAACCAGCGCAUCAGCUGGUGAUGCGAGUGUGUCUUCAGGCAACCGCACCGAUGGCACCAAUCCUGGGAUGCCGCCAACAUCGUCCACCCCGGCCACCCCAACUACCACCACCGUUACGGUGUCUAGUGUUCAGCCUCUUGCUGUUGCGGUCAAACGCAAGCGGAAUCUGCCGGGUACUCCAGACCCGGAAGCUGAGGUGAUAGCGUUGUCACCAAAGACAUUGAUGGCAACGAAUCGAUUCGUGUGCGAAAUUUGUAACAAGGGGUUUCAGCGAGAUCAAAACUUGCAGUUGCACCGACGCGGCCACAACUUGCCGUGGAAGCUGCGGCAACGGACCAGCAAGGAGAUUCGCAAGCGCGUCUACAUCUGCCCUGAGCCCUCUUGUGUGCAUCACGACCCGUCGCGUGCUCUGGGCGACUUGACUGGCAUUAAAAAACACUUCUGCCGAAAGCACGGUGAAAAGAAGUGGAAGUGUGACAAGUGCUCUAAGAGAUACGCUGUUCAAUCCGACUGGAAGGCCCACUCUAAGACUUGUGGUACUCGAGAGUACCGCUGCGAUUGUGGUACCCUUUUCUCCAGGCGUGACAGUUUUAUUACCCAUCGAGCGUUCUGUGAUGCUCUGGCAGAGGAGAGUGCCCGAGUAUCAGCAGGAAAGCAAGGUGGUGAACAACCUAAUGGCCUUAUGGGCCCUCGUUCAUCAUCCCUCUCAGUCGUGGGUGCUCCUUCCUCUCCUCGCGGUAACGAUGUGGGUAUUACGAGUGGGGAUCCUAUGGCUUCCGCGGGUCCAUUAGCAUCUAGAAGUGGCAGUUUACCACCAUCUAUGGCGGGUCUCAGUGGCCUCAAUGACCUAUCUCGUUGGUGUGGAACUCCCGGCUCUGGACCAGUCUCUAGGACUGGCACUGGAUUGUCUCUCUGGUUAGGACCUGGACCAGGUCCUCCUGGUAGUCAGCAGCAGAUGCAUCAGCUGCUGUCAGGAUCGAAUGGUAGCUCCUCUUUUCUAAUGCAGACCCGAAAAGGGAUGCAGGGCGGUGAUGGUCUUUCUGGAAUGAUGAAUCCACUUGAGUAUGAUGCGCCUCAGGCAUCUCGACCUUCCAGUGAUCACAUUCCGUUGAUACCCUCUGGAAAUCUGUACUCUCAUUUAUUCGCAUCUGGAAACGGACUGCAAGGAAUCCAAGGAUCAAGUCCUUCUCAAAGUGGAGGUACCGCUGGUAUGAGUAUCUCAGGGUUCUCAGAUUUCACACCAGGAGCUAACCGUAUGGAGAGAGGGUCGGUAACCGCAGGAUUGUCCUCAACUUCCUCACCUAGAAUGACGAGUAACUCCUCUUCAGGAAAUACUAAUGGUGGUGGAAACCUGUCCUCAGUGUCGCCACUAUUCAACGCUCAGCAGCAGCAGCAGCAGCAGCAGCAUCACAAUUCUUCUGCUCAGAUGUCUGCAACAGCUCUGCUGCAGAAAGCGGCUCAAAUGGGCGCAACUGUGAGCAAUUCCUCCCUAUUGCGAGGAUUUGGAUUGGGAGGUGCGGAUUCAAACUCUAUGGGCAUGUGGCAAGUUCAACGCCAAGAGCAACAGCAGCGGCAGCAGUCACAACAGCCACAACAAUCCCAACAGCAGUCGCAGACGCAGCCGCAGCAUCAACAGCAGUCACGAUCACAACCUCAACAGCAACAGCAGCAGGGGAGGACAGGUGAUCUUCCACUUAAUAACAUGUCUAAUAUGGUAAAUCAUCCAUUAACAAGGCGGCCAAGUGAUUUACAGAAUGUUUCGCAGGGUCUGGGUGGCUCGUCGAUAGGGCAGAGAAACAGUUUUGGAGGUGGUCAAGGACGACUAUCUGAUAAUUCCGCUAAUGUGCAAGACCUUAUGAAUUCUUUGUCUGGAGGUGCUGGACUCUUCGGAGCACCAUUAAGUAGUCUGCCCUCUUCUGUGUUUGGGCCUAAUUCUACCAGUAUGGGAGGAAUGCUGCCGCCCGGUACGCAGCGGAUGUCUUCCGGUGAAGUUUUUGCUAACAGUACGUUCACCGGAGGUCAAGGAGUGUUGCAAGGCAUGAGUUCUUCAUCUCUGUUGCCAGGUCUUGGUGGUUCUUCGAGAAGGGAGAAUGAUGGUAGUGACAGGUUUACUCGUGAUUUCUUGGGGGUAGGAGGAGUUUCAGGGAUCACAGCUGCUGGUGGAGGGAUGGGGCGCACGCUGUCGCCACGAGACUUGGCUAGUAUCGCAUCGCUGGGUUCGGGGGUAGACCUCGGCGCAUUUUUCAAUCAAAGAGACAAUCUGCGAUCCGUAGGUGCAAGUGGCCGCUCUCCUGGAAAGUCAUGGGACGCCAACUAGUUCUCUGGAUGGGUUAUGAAGACGACCUUCCUGCCUAGGGUCAAUCAGAUUACCUAGUAGGCAGAUGCAAUUUUGAUUACAGCUUCUUUUCUUCUUUUUUUUAAUCUCUCCUCUCUUUCUUGCUCUCCUUUCUUUCUCUUGAAAUUUUCUGUUCUUUUCUCCCUCUGUACUAUGUGGCCGUUAGGCAGUGCCCCCUUUGUACAUCGUGCUCCUUCCGUUCCUGCCUUCCAUGAAGGAUGUUGCGCAUGCUAUUGUCACUGAGAAGGUCUUCAAUUCAGCUGAUGGUGCAUUUGAGCUGUAACAUAGCCCCAUCCAGCGCUUCAAGGUUUUUGGCCGUUCCGUUGGGUCGCCUUGUGGUGCUGUUGAUUGUUGUCCCAUUGUUGGAUAUAUAUACCACCAUGUAACAAUUCCUUUGUCAACAAAUUAUAUGCCCUUUCAUUUUUCAUGUA